AUGGGUACUGGUAAGAAAGAAAAACAAAGAAGAAUACGUCAAGGUGAUGUCAGAGAUGGUAAUCUACGAGUAAAAGGCGAAAAUUUUUACAGGGAUGCUAAAAGAGUUCAGUUCCUUAAUAUGUACAAGGGGGGACAUGCUGUCCGUAACGCCAAAGGUGAUAUCGUAAAGGCUGCUGAUUUUCAAAGCACAGAUGCACCAACUGCUAGGGUCCAACCGGAUAGACGUUGGUUUGGUAAUACAAGGGUUAUUUCUCAAGAUUCUCUAGCUCACUUUAGAGAGGCUUUAGGUGAAAAAAAAAAUGAUACAUACCAGGUGUUGUUGAGAAGGAAUAAACUACCGAUGUCUUUAUUGGAUGAGACUGAUCAAAAAGAUUCUCCAACAGCUAAAAUUUUGGAUACAGAAUCCUUUGACAAUACUUUUGGUCCAAAUGCCCAAAGAAAAAAACCUAGAGUUGCAGUGUCAAAUUUAGAAGAAUUAGCACAAAGUACUGAAAACGAUGCUAAAACUUUUGAGGAAAAGAUCGAACUAAAUGCUACAUUAGGUUUAAUGGGUGGGACUACUGAAGAAUCCGAUGCCGACGGUUGGACCCAAAUUGCAAAAGAAGCAAUUUUUCACAAAGGACAAUCUAAACGUAUUUGGAAUGAGUUGUAUAAAGUUAUUGAUUCUUCUGAUGUCGUUAUUCACGUAUUAGAUGCCAGAGAUCCAUUAGGUACAAGAUGCAAAUCUGUGGAGGAAUAUAUGAGAAAGGAAACACCACAUAAACAUUUAAUAUAUGUGUUAAAUAAAUGUGAUUUAGUUCCAACGUGGGUUGCAGCUGCUUGGGUUAAACACUUAUCUAAAGAACGUCCAACAUUGGCUUUCCAUGCUUCUAUCACCAAUUCAUUUGGUAAGGGUUCUUUGAUUCAACUAUUGCGUCAAUUUGCCUCUUUGCACAAAGAUAGAAAACAGAUCUCUGUUGGUUUCAUUGGAUAUCCUAAUACAGGAAAAUCUUCCAUUAUCAACACUUUAAGAAAAAAAAAGGUUUGUCAGGUCGCUCCAAUUCCAGGUGAGACUAAAGUUUGGCAAUAUAUCACGUUAAUGAAGAGAAUUUUUCUUAUUGACUGUCCUGGUAUUGUGCCGCCAUCGUCUAAAGAUACAGAAGAAGAUAUUCUAUUCAGAGGUGUGGUGAGAGUGGAACAUGUUUCUAAUCCAGAGCAAUAUAUACCAGGAGUAUUAAAAAGAUGUAAAAGACAAUAUUUAGAAAGGACCUAUGAAAUAUCGGGGUGGAAUGACGCUGGUGAGUUCAUAGAAAAGUUGGCCAGGAAACAAGGUCGUCUAUUAAAAGGUGGUGAGCCUGAUGAAAGUGGUGUUUCUAAACAAGUAUUGAAUGAUUUCAACAGGGGUAAAAUUCCUUGGUUUGUAGCACCUCCUGAAAAAGAAGCUGAAGAGGGUGCUGGUGAUAACAAGAAAAGAGUUUUGGAAAGUGAUAAAACAGAAGAAAAGACUGGUGAUGCCAAAAAGUUGAAGACAGAUGCCAAUUAA